CUCAUACUUGCACGAAUCCGGAAGUGCAAUUCAAGCUGUAUUAUGAGCUUUGCUGUGCCGCUGCCGACUAGAGGACACUGUACACAUUUUCUUUGAUCGACUUCACUCCUCGCCACUGCCAUUGGCCUCCUACCAAAUUCUACACAAUUGCCAACGCCACAUCCAUCAUCAUGUCCACCGCUCGACCACCUGCCAGGCCUCCACGAGUCCGUCUAGAAUCCGCAAAAGACGCGAAAUCGCUCAUCGCCAAAGCCGGCGGCCAAAUCGCUCGACCCAAAGCCACUGCCCCGCCAAAAUGCUGCGAAGCACCUGAAUUCUCAGACACCGACGGCACACAUGCCUGCAUGAAUUGCGGGACUGUCAUUACUGAGUCCGAGAUCGUGUCCGAAGUCACAUUUGGGGAGAACUCCAAUGGUGCCGCCGUUGUCCAGGGUGCCUUCGUCGGAGAGAACCAGCGACAUGCCAAGACCAUGGGACCAGCAUUUCGGAGGAACGGCGGAACCACGGAGAGCAGGGAGCAGACCGAACAGAAGGGCAAAGCCGAGAUCAACAAAAUCGCUGCUGCGGUUCGACUCAACAACCCGAGCACUGAAGACCAAGCCUUUGGUAUAUACAAGCUUGCAAUCGGCAUCAAUUUCAUCCAAGGUCGUCGUGUGCGCACUGUCGCCGCCGUCUGUCUUUACAUCGCAUGCCGGCGGAAAGCAGGCAACACUACCCUCUUGAUGGACUUUGCAGCUGAGCUUCAAAUGAACGUGUGGGCUCUCGGUGAUGUAUACAAGGCUCUGCGGAAAGAGCUAUGGUUCGGUGAACCUGCUACGGCGUCCGGUGUCCCAGCUGUCCUAGAGGUCGAACCCCUCAUCGACAAAUUUGCAGAGAGGCUUGAGUUUGGCGACGACACUCGAAAAGUAGCUACAGACGCUGUGAAUAUCUUGCGGCGCAUGAAGAGAGACUGGAUGGUGGAGGGUCGACAGCCAGCAGGCCUCUGCGGCGCAUGCAUCAUCAUAGCUGCCCGGCAGAACAACUUUCGACGCACCGUCCGGGAGGUUGUCUACGUGGUCAAGGUCUGCGACAACACCAUAUUCCAGCGCCUCAUCGAGUUCAAGCGUACACAAGCGGCGAGCCUCAGCAUCGAGCAGUUCCGCGACUACGGUCAUAGACUGAAGGUCAAGGGCGAACCACCUUCCAUCUACAAGCGGAGAGAGAAAGAAGAGCGCACCAACGAACGUAGAAAGCGGAAGUCCUCUGAGCUGAGCGAAGAAGUGAACGGGCCCCCGUCUGUUGGGUCAUCUUCGUCCCCAGCAGUCCAGUCCACCUCCGAGUCUCUACGCCGCGAUUCAGAAGGCUUCUUGAUACCCGACAUUCCCAUCGACCGCGCCCUACUCGAAGCGUCCAACAUCGCCCAUUCCGAAUUGAUCGCGUCUGAAAAUGCCGGAACGAGUACAGGAAAGCAGGCCAGAAAGCGGCGUAAGAAGGAAAAGAAGGCCCCGAUUGCCAUCCCAGAAGAAGAUCUCGAAAUCGAGAACGACCUUGAGGAAGAAAUCGAGAACAUCCUAGACGACGGAGAGAUCGACGAGGUUGCAGUUCUUGCACGCGCAGAGGCCUUGGCUACUCGCCUUCGUGGUCCUUCUACCGUCAGCAAUGAGGAAGAUCUGGACGAUGCCGAGUUUGACGAUGACCCAGAGGUUGCCAGAUGUGUUCUCUCGGCCGAAGAAGUUGCACUUAAAGAGAAGAUCUGGGUUACCAAAAACGAGGAUUGGCUGAGAGAUCGUCAGGCCAAGAUGCUGAAGAAGAGCCUGGAGCAAGCAAGUGGAGGCCCCAAGAAGAAGCAACAGAGGCGGAAGCAUGCACAGAUGGGAGACGGAAGCGUGCUUGGCGGUACCCCUGCGAGUAGUCCUGCUGAAGCCGUGGGUAAGAUGCUCAACCAGAGGACGAAGGGAUUCAGCAAGUUUGUCAACUACGAGAACUUGAAACGACUCUACGGCGGAGAUGUGGUCUCUUCGGGCGACAGUUCCGACACAACCUCGCCAAAGAGAGACGCAGCGCCCAGCCCGUCGUCGCAAUGGGUAACAAAACCCACAAAAGCACCCUCUGCCUCAAAGGGAAGCCCGGAGGAAGUAGUGGAAGUGGUGGAAGAUGUGGAAGACGAGGACGAAGAAGACGAAGACGACGAAGAUGAAGAAAUGGAAGAUGAAGAAGAAGCGGCGGAGAGGGAUGUCUUCAGUCACUUUGAGGAGGAAUAUGGCUACGACGAGGGUGACGAGGAGUACUAGUGUGUGAUCCAAGAAGUGCCCAAAGAUACCCCUUUUGUAUAAUAGUUGCAUAGCGAACAGGCAGUUACUUUAGUAAAAACAUUGGAACCUUUGGAU